CAAAGUGUACCCGAAAUCGCCUGAGUUAGAAUUUUUCAGGUAAAUGACUAAACAAAAACCAACACCCAUACAGCCAAUGAACAAAAAUCUUUUGUGAGGGCGCGCGAACUUCCCGCUGAGAAGAACUAAAAAAAACACUCCAAUCGUUCGUUUUCUACGUUGAUUCCAUUAUGUCCGCAAGAUUAUCAGAUCCCUCACUUCCGUCUCUCCAGUACGUUUCUUAAAUUCUCUCUCUGCCUGUGUCCCUUUGAAGGUCUACUGUAUCGCUGUUUUACUUCGAAACUCCUCGGCAUUCGAACUCCUCGGCAAUCUGGAAAUGUCGGUCCCGGCAGACCAUACUGAUCAAGGGAUUGCAACAGUUCCCCAGUCAGCUAUGACACCAAACUGGAUAAUCAACGUUUCAGAUGUGAGGAAACGAAACUUAGGCAUAGCACUGGCUACCGCUAUUGACAUUAGAGCUGCUGUUCCUGAUCCGGAUAUGAAUAAUAACAGUUGAGGUCAGCAACAUUUCACCAGCUGUUUCUGAGAGAGAAAUCAGAGAAUUCUUUUCAUUUUCUGGUGAUAUUCAAUGUGUUGAAAUGCAAAGGGAAACUGAUGGGACCCAGCUUGCUUAUGUUACAUUCAAGGAUUCACAGGGAGCAGAUACAGCAGUACUACUGUCGGGAGCUACAAUAGCUGAUCUUUCUGUGUCUAUUACACUUGUUGAGAAUUAUAAUCUACCCCCUGCAGCUAUACCACUGAGACUGGACAAAAGGCCAAUUGCCACCGGUUCAGCUGUUCAGAAGGCUGAAGAUGUGGUGAGCACCAUGCUUGCCAAGGGUUUUGUCUUGGGAAAGGAUGCCAUUAGCAAGGCUAAAGCCUUUGACGAACAGCAUCACUUGACAUCAAAUGCAUCUGCCACAGUUGCUUCCAUUGAUCGUAAAAUGGGCCUGAGUGAGAAGCUAAGCAUUGGAACAGCUAUAGUCAAUGAAAAGGUGAGAGAGAUGGAUGAGCGGUUCCACGUAUCUGAGAAGACCAAGUCUGCCUUUUCUACUGCUGAACUGAAGGCAAUCAGUGCAGGAUCUGCAAUUAUGAGCAAUCAUUAUGUAUUAACCGGAGCUUCAUGGGUUUCAAAUGCAUAUAAUGCCGUUGCAAUGGCAGCUGAUGAUGUGACCAUGAUGACCAAGGAAAAGGUUGGAAAGGCCGAGGAGGAAAAAAGAGAGAUCAUUUACAGGGAAAGGACAGGGAUCAUCAAUCACUUUGCACAUCUCCACCUUGAUGAGUCUUCUGCGCUGGAGCCUCCAAUAGUUCCAGUCAGCUCAGCCGAUGAUAGCAAGCUUGAAAUCAUAUGACUUCGGUGGAUUUUUUUCUACUCCAGUAUAGUUGAACUACCUUUUUAAUUUGACGCGGAAUGUGCUUCAUCACGAAGAUUCUAUGACAUGGAUUUUGCUUGUGCAACAGUAAAUAACAUUAAUUUUGCUCUGGCGACUUGAAAUUCUGGCUGAUUUCUUAAGCUUCCAUUUAACUCAAUUCUAUGUAAAAAAAAUGUACAGCUACCUCGGAGAGCUAAUCUCAAUAAGGGUUUUUUGUGCUUGGAAAUGAAUUUGUCAUUUUUGUU